CGUUUUGCGUGGAAAUAAUUAAUGAAACAGGUUUUAUUCAAGUUAUACUGACACUUGUCUUUUAAUCAUAAUAUAUUAGAUAUGUAAAUAUGGCACAUUGUCAGUAUGUACCAAAUAUCGAUGAAAGUCUUAUGUCAGCUGUUAAAGAAGAACUUGCUCGAAAAGAACAGUUACAGCAAAAACAUUAUUUUUAUUUAAAUGAACUUCAAAAUAUGGCCAGAGAAUUACCACCGAAAUAUCAACAAAGACUACCUUAUGAACUCCUAUCUAGUCUAGCAAACUCUCUUCUGGAUGGGACUGUCUUUGAAAUAGUACGAGGUCUAAAAGAAAUACAGCUAAUGAAAGAGAAGCAUUUAUAUGAGAAACGAAUGAAGAUAAUAAAUUCUCAUAGAGGCAUGAAAGACAAUCUUCAAAAGAAGCACAAGGAAAUUCUGUCUACGCACAGUCAGGAUUCACCUCAGAUUCUUACUACCCUGAGAAGUUCUCAUGAAAAAGAAUUACAGGAAAUAGAGAAACGCCAAACAGAAGAAGAAGGUCGAGUAGAUAUGAAGAUAAUUAUUGAUCUUGAUCAAGCGGUGAGUGAUCAGCAGGUUACCCUAGAAAAGGCAGGAGUUCCAGGAUUUUUUGUGACUAACAACUCAAAUGAAAUCAGACUACAGAUGUACUUGUUAGAAUUUAUUCUAAAGUUAAGAAGCGUAGAACUUCCAAAUGAUUGAAAUUCUCAGACUGAAAUCAAUUAUGUUAAUAUACCUGAUUAAUUAAUAUCCAUGUAGUCAUUUAGCUAGAAAUACCUAAUUUUAUAUGUAAGCUCAUCCAAUGAAAUAACUAGAUUUAAGUAGACACUGAAUUAAUCAAAAACUUUACAUUUUUUAGUUGGAUUAAUAAUUUUGUAUAUGGCUAUACAAACGAAAUAAUUUCUAUAUUAGUUUCAACAUAAUGGUUGAAAAAUGAUCAGUAGUUUUAACACAGUAACUUAUGUUUAGACAAUUAUUAAGUUAAUUAGACCUUAUGACUAAGAUAUGGAAGGUUGUUGACACUUUCUAAAAGUUGUGAAAAUAGUGAUUAAUGAGUAGUAGGUCAAAGGUCUGAAAAAAUGUUCUUUGACUGAAUAAUGAAAAUUUAGUGAAAUGUUUGUUGAUAGUCCUCUAUUAGCAUAAUUUUUUUUGAUUAUGUAAAGCAUGCUCAGAGUAUUGCCAGAGGGUGAAAUGUUCCAAAAAGGUUAAUCUUCCUCUUGUGAAAGUAACUUUUUGGUUCACUUGUCCUCAUAUUUCAAUGAUUUCUCAUGAAAAGCAUAAUUGCAGGAAAUCAACUAAGAAGAUUGAAUUCCCUUACACUAAAUAGAUUUUCUUGUAUAAAAUGGUAGAUCUAUUACAUAUAGAGUUUCUGUUUAACAUAGGACUGUAUAUUAAGAUUCCAUAUAGUUAUGGAAUUGGGUUGAUAAAUACAAUACUCCAAAUAAAUAAUAAAUUUAUUCACACAUUAAAAUUUUAAUGAAACAACAGUACAUUUUUUAUGACUCUGCAUUUGUUUAAGUGGAAGGUCACUACUUCUUAAUGUUUAUCAAUAUUUUAGCUAAAACAGAAAACCAUAUAAUCCAUAUAACUUUAUCAAAAAUCAAAAGACAUCAAACUGUAGAUUAAAAACAAAUAUUCAUCACAUCACUUUAAGUUAGAGCAUUUAUUUCUUUGUAAAUAGUUUUGACUAGAUCUAACUAGAAACUUCAAGGCCUAGGUCUAAUUCAAAUAAAAAAAAGUGCUAAUGUUGUUACUAGAGCUAGCAAAAAACUUGAAGAGAAGGCCUCACUAACUAACCUAGGUUUAAAGUUUUCUAACAAAAAACAGUUCAACAGCUCACAACCAAAAUUCAAGCAGUCUCAUCAGAACCCAUUUCACUAGAAGUUAUGUCACUGGUGGACAUGUCUGAUAUGUCUGGUUACUGUUCUCAGACCCUUUUCCUAGACUCCACCUGGCAUACACAGUUUCAGGAAUAUAUGUGCCAAUUUGAUAGUCAAUAAACAUUACUGUCUUGAGAUGACUGAGUGAAUCUGAUCUCAAAGAGGAUCUCUAGCCUGUUUUGAUCUGUUUCAUUACAGAGAGGCCUCUUUCAGCAUCAGAGGUACUUCCAGUUUCAUCAGUGAUUUGGGCUGUAUGUAUCACCAAUGGUUGCCUCAUUUUAAUCACUGUACUUAACGCUCGUACUCGGUGACUAAUCCACCUUGUUCCGUAAACAUUUCCUGGAGAUAAAAAUUUACUGUUUACUGUCUCGCAGGUAUUUUUCAGUGAAGCUUUCUUUACUGAUGAAAUUUGUAUAUAGCUUGCAAUAACUCAGACAUAUGUGGAAAUAGUCUUGUCUGUUUUGAUGCAUCUUUCAGUGACAGUUGGAAUCUGUGUAACGUGCAAUGGAUACCAACAGUCUCUGGUAAAAACUUCAUGAUUUUCUGAUACGCUCCAUUUUGAACACCAAAAUUCACAGCAACUCCAUCAGCCACAGAUGAGACUAAGUCUGACAGAUCAUCCACUUGUAAAUAUUUUUUAAAACUGGUGCACAAAUGAUCAAAAUUUUUAUCUGCAUCAGGUUUUUCCACAUUGCACACACAUAGAAAUACAGUGUGAGGUUCUUAAUUUUUCAGGUAUCUCACAUGCAUAAUUUCUUCAUCCUCUGUAGUACCAUCACAUAGUACAUAAACAAAUAUGCUGCUUUGAAUAUCAUUUACCAAACCACAUUCAGAUCUUAAGCAAUUCAUUUCACAAACCCUGCACAAGCUUUAUCAGAUGAAUACCUUGAUGUAAUAUUGGCACAUUGAGAAACUGAAACUAGAAACUGAAGGUCACCACUGAAAGCUUUAUAUGACAAAUUGCAUUUUGCAAUUUCGAAUGCAGUCAGAAAUCUUUAAACAUCAGUUUGUUGUUGGCUUCAUCUAGUUUUGAAACCAAUUGGUUUAUAUUAUGAAUGUGAUAGAAAAUUACUUUUAGGCCUAUAAAUUAAUUUUUUUUUUACCAAAAACAGAAGAGGAAGCUUCUUUAAAUUCAUACUAUACACUGACAUUUGAACUGUCUCUCCCAAUAGGCUUACAUACUGGUGAAUCUUUUCUUCACAAAUUUCACUUUUAUAGUUAUAUAAGAGUUAUCUGAUGAAUGUCUAAGACAUUUACGCAAAAGGUGUGUCUGUGGGAUAUUGCUACCUUCCUGGUCUUCUUCACUCCCACUAUCUGAAUCAGCAUCAGUAGGCCUGUCAGUGUAUUUUCUCUUGGGCUUAGCACUUUUUGAUCUAAGGGGACUAGGGGUGUCCCCUGAUUUCCUUUUGUAAAUCCAAAAUUCAGAAGACUCGUGUUGAUAAUAACAGAAUUAGAAUCAGCUCAAAUUCACCAGCCCUCACAACUCUGCUUGCUGCCUAUCUGUCGCUUUUUGUGCUAUAUUUGUGCUUUUUGUGUAGUGAAUAUUAAAAAUUGUGAUCUGUAGUGGAAUGAUUUUAUUUUUGUAAUUGUACGAUUCCUUAGAGAGAUUUAAAGUGAUAGUUUAUAUUACAGAUACUUUGAAGGAAUUAGUCUGUUUAUUUUGACCCAAUAGUAACAUAUAAAUCAGGUAACAUAAUGAAAUUAUUAAUUUAUAUUUGCCUUGAAAUGAAAUAAAGUUAAAAAAUGAUCCCAAGAUUACCACACAUUUUAAAUUAUGACUCUGAUAAUUAAAGGUGGCCAUCAAUAUAGCACAUUUCCAUGCUCUGCCAAACUGUAUAUAUUUAUCUUUUUUUAAGAACAAAAGAAGGAAUUUUCAAACAACAUGUAAGAGAAUUGAAAAACAGGGUCUCUGUGGUUUGGAUAAUCUCCAUAUAAGUGAAGACUAAUGACAUUUUGGUCUGAUUUCCCACAAAUUUAUGGGGAAUGAGGGUAACUCAUUGAAUUCCUCGGGAAACUGGGAAAGAAUAACUUUUGUCCCUUGAUUAUAUAAGACAGUAGUUAUAAGAGAUUAAAAAUAUCCACAAGAAUAGAUCUAGCCUUUUAGAUAAACUUAAAUGAGGAGACUUUUCAAGGUUGCUUAUUUUUCAGUAGAAAAUAACUCCAAAUAUUUGGAUUUUCAUGUAUCUAAAUCCUAGUACUUAGUCUUAAAUUUGAUAAACAUUAUCUUGCACCUAAGUCCAGAAAUCCAAAACAUUUCUUAAAAGGUUAGAGGUUUGUCAGACCAUUAUUCAUUAUAGUUUAAUAUAAGUGAUAGAGGUAUCCCCUAUAUUUUAAAAAUUGAAAAUUAUAAACAUCUAAAAUGCGAUAUAAAAAACAUCACGCAGUAAAGCUAUGUUUUGCCACUGUUAACAAGGCAUGGUCCCAUUUUAGCUAUUUAUAAUUUUUAAUUCAUUACAGUUGCUCAUACAAAUGUCUAGUUAAAUAAUAAUAAUCAGUCAAAUUAAACAUACUGAGUAAUUGUUAAUUCAGUUGAACCUUUGCUACAUGGAACAUUUAAUUUGCACACAUUUCUUAAAGUUCAUGUAAUGAUCCAGUUGAAAUAAUCUAAUAUCAUUGUAUGAAAACUUGAUUAAGAAAAAUUAACUGGGUUGAAUGCUAAAUUCAUUGAUUAUUUUUAUCAUUGCUCAUUUUUAUAUGAAUUAAGUAGAUUUGGCAUAAAGACUAGAGGUUCUUUGAAUUAGCAUUAAGCUAUUAUAACUAAUUAACCCAAUUGACCACUGUAACUAUAGGUAUGAAGUUAUGCCAUUUAUGUUAUGGAUAGUAUUAAACUCAUUCAUUAAAAGUUUGUGUGAAUCAUAUAAAGUAAGCUUAUCAGUUGUAGUAGUUUGAAUGAUCAAAGGGGUUUAUUCAGUAAACUUAUUCUCGGGUAAUUAGAACAUAAUAAGUAUUCUAUGUACAGUUA